AUGUGUCGGACUAGUAAUCUAAGCAUUGCUGACCUUGCGGUUCAAACCCCGUCAUGGGCAAACCGUUGUUUCUGUGAGCAAGAAACUCUACACUCAUUGCUUAGUACAGUUGCAGAAACAACAACAUCAACGCCACCGACCACGACAACAACAACAUCUCAACCAACAACAACGACAACAGCACCACAACCACCACCACCACCAACAACGACAACAGCACCACAACCAACAACAACGACAACAGCACCACAACCAACAACAACGACAACAGCACCUCAGCCACCAACAACAACAACAGCAGCAGCAUCGGGAGGAUCUGAUGGUUGCGUACCCGGCGAGUUUUGCACAGCGGAACAGUUUUCGACUCUCACGCAACUAUGCGUGAGAGAUAUUGGCUGCCAGAAUUUUUGCAAAUGCAACCAGUUGAUGGAAAAUAGUGUCAUAGUGUACAGAUGGGUGGAAUUUGAAUGUAUGUCGGGACUUUUAUUUAAAGAAUCUCUAGGCCUUUGUGACUGGGCAUAGACACUCCUAUUGCAAUGGAAUUUGUUAAGAAGGUACAAACAUUAAAUUAUGUAUUUUCAUCAAGUUUAUAAGAUUAAGUUCGUAUGACUUCUUUUAAACCAGGAUCAAAAUUCAUUUACAGUAAAGAUUUUAUUUCUGUUAUUUGUGAAAAAUGUUGGUAAUUGACAACAUGAUCCCAGGUAAAGAAAUGAAAAGGAAAAUAGAAUAAAAUUUCAAAUAAACGAUAAAUUCAGAUCUUUUCUGGUUGAAUGUGUAAUCUGCUGCCCUCUUAAUUCAAGUCAAGUUGACGAUAUGUUAGUAAAAAAGUUUUUCCUUUCAUAAUCUACAGCAUUACUAAC